GUCUGCUUGCCGUGCGGGCACCGGGAAUGGCACCAUCACUGCAUCUACAGCUGGCUGGAGAGGCAGUCGUCCUGCCCACUGUGCCGCGCCAGUGCCAGCCCGUGCCAAGAGGGCUUCGAGGGGGCUCUGCAUGCAUUGGCUGGGCAUAGCCCUGCAGCGCACGACUGCGAGCGGGUGCUGAGGCUGCUGUCCCUGCCCGAGGCGCAACUUCUCGCAGACCAUGAAAUCUUGGAGGCAGAGUUGAGCCUCCUGGAGACCGAACUUGAGGAGCUGCAGGAGGCGCAGCAUGCGAUGGAGCUGGAACUUGAGGAGCUUAGCUGUGAACCUGUGGACAAGAGCCCGGAUGUUGAGGCCCAGGAGCUUCUGGACCGCUUUGCAGCUGCGGCUUUACGGACGAACCUCAGAGCUUCAGAGCUUUUCCUGGCCCUGAGCCCUGAGGGCGCCCCCCUGGCCUUGGAGGCGGCGCAGCCUGUGCUGAGCGCCUUCGGCGGGGUGUCUGAGCUGGGUGUCGAUCUGGCGUGCCAGAGGUUGGACGUAAACCAAAGCGGCUGGAUCGAAGAAGAGGACUUAGAGGAG